UUCAACUGACAACUGCUGUCUAGAACAGUGUUUCGGUGGAGUUAAGGAGUUGUGGGACAUCACAAAAGUUGACGAAGUAACGCUUUAAUUACGACGUUUAGGCAAAAAGUUAAUUAAGAAUCCUGUCUUUGUACUCGGACACGGAAAUAAAGUGUUACCUUUAUAGAAGUCGUCGCCAGCACCUCAAAAUUGCAACGUGAACACUGUUUGGGAGAGAAUGUCGUGAAUGAACUUAAGAAACUUUGGUAACCUGGCCCGUUAAGUUUGUUAAAAUGAGUAGCAGUGUAGGUCGUGUGUCGAAAAGCAAACCCGCAAAGUUGGGUCGUGGACCUAUUCAACGGGAUAUUUUACCUCUCAUUGUCACAUUAACAACUUAAUCCAAGUGGAAGUGGCAGGUCAUGUCAGCAUCAACAGCAGCAGCCAGCUCAUCCCAACACCGGGUCAAACACAACCGCUCCCCUACAGCAUGCUGCACCUCUUGUAGCAACAACACCACCACGGUCCGGUUGCAGCCUAUCCGUACCACGGUGCCGUACCAGCUUUUGCGUGGAAAUCAGCACAGCCCAACCCGCUCCGCUUCCUCCUCCUUCUCAGUAGCCGGGAGCAACACAGGACCGACGACGUCCCGUUGCUCCAGUCCCGCCAACCCGAGUGGAAGCGGCUCGGACGGCAGGCUGGUCCCCAGGCAGAGACUCUCACCGCCGGACAGCAGAAGCUCAUCAGAACGUUCCCCAUAUUCGCCUGUUUCCAAAGUUGAAAGGACAAAGUCACAGCAGGUGUGCAGUGUUGGGCAGAUUUCCUCCUUGGGCACUAUCACUGGGCCCUACCUCACCGGACAGUGGCCUCGUGACCCCCAUGUGCUCUACACAUAUUGUAUGAAAGAUAAAUCCACACAGACUCCUGGAUGUUGGAGUGACGAAAGAGGAGAGAAGAGGAGCACCCACCAGCGCUCUGCUUCGUGGGGCAGCGCCGACCACCUCAAAGAGCAGAUUGCGAAGCUUCGGCAGCAUCUCCAGCGCAGUAAACAAGGAGGACGCCACAGUAAAGACAAAGAUCCACCGUCCCCCAUCCAGUGCAACAUCAUCACCCACACCACCCUCACCAGCACUACCAACCACACCUCCACAGCCAGCCACAUUCAGCACUUUUCCAUGUCGAAGUCGGCCCAGAUGCCGCUGUCCAACAUCACAGUGCCAAAGCCCUCCAUCUCAAGGGUGCCCAGCAGCAUGGAGGGCAUCAACCAUGAGCUGGAGAAGGUCUUCAUCAAAGACAAUGGAGAGAAGGAGGAGCUCAAGUCCCUGGAGGUUCCUGACGGGCGACGAGCACCCUUCCCUCCCCAGCAGCGCAGCAGCAGCAGCCGCAGCGUGGACACCCAGACUCCCUCAGCCCCAGGCCGGUCCAGCAGUUGCUCCAGCCUGUCGCCCUGUCCCUCGCCAGCUUGCCCACCAGGAUCACAUGACGGCAGCCCCUACUCCACAGAGGACCUACUGUACGACCGUGAUAAAGACAGCGGAAGCAGCUCACCAUUGCCCAAGUUCGCCUCUUCACCCAAACCCAACAACAGCUACAUGUUCAAGCGAGAGCCACCAGAGGGCUGUGAGAAGAUUAAAGCUUUUGAGGAGAUGAGCUCGAGGCAGUCCACAUCGGCAUCAGUCCCCCUCUUCUCCUGCCCCGACAAAAACAAGGUCAACUUCAUCCCAACAGGUUCGGCAUUCUGCCCCGUCAAACUCCCCGGCUCCCUGCACCUCACCCCAGCCUCAGAGCCUGAGGAGGACGAGGACAACGUGGAGGCAGGCCCCGGCUCAGAGCCCCAGGGGGCCACACCAUUCUACGGCGCUCCCUCUCAGGUCUCCACGAGCACCAGCACAGACGACCCUCCGGAGGAGCCCAGCUCGCCCUCAGAGACUGCAGACGCCCAGACAGACAGCCCGGCCAUCAGCUAGACCUGAGCAGAGCUGGCCUCUGGCUCCGGGAUCCACGCUAGCGACCACCGACUAUCACCACUAACUGUCCCACAACACCUCCCUCUGUUCUGCCAGGGGAGUCUCCGACUCUCUGUGCUGACCCCCUCCAUCCCCUUCUAUCUCUGCAUGACGUAGCAACAAUGUCCCGAUUAACCACCACCGCCACCACAAAGACUCGCCACCUUAAUGUUCUCUCCUGCAUAAUGUCUGAGCUGUUGUUGGUAGGGUUGGUAAGGACCUGAUGGUUAAAGGUUACUGUAUGCAGGCACCAGUGGGAGGAAUGGAGCACUCUGGAUGGGGGGGUGGGCAUGCAUUUUAAACUGGUAGUAUAUUUCUGACUAAAUUAUGUGUUGUGUUCUGUUUCAACAAUCACAGUAUGAAUAAGCUCUCUCUAUACAUAUAUACAUAAAUACAGUAUAUGUGUAUAUAUAUAUAUAUACACAUAUAUAUGGUAUAUGUGUGUGUGUGUGUACGUAUAUACACAGGCGUCCGUGCGCGCACACACACACACACACACACACACACACACAUACACAUAUAUAUAUAUAUAUAUAUGUGUGUGUGUGUGUAUAUAUAUAUAUAUAUAUAUAUAUAUAAGUGCAUAUAGAUAAGAAAAAUGCUUGUUUAAAAAAAAAUCCAAAAAUGUGUAUUGCUGUGUUAUGUACUGAACAGGAAAAACAGCUGUACUAUUCAGGAUUAUGUUUACACUAUCCAGGUCAUAUUGUUAAGCCCUGUCUAAAAAAUGCAAAGAGCAAAUAAUUUUGGCUAAGACUAAAAAAAUACAAAAUGGCCACAAAUUGGUUGCACAGUGUCUGCAUCUGGCCUCGCUUCAGGUAUUUCACAAUCAGAGUCUAUACUCAGGUAAUUUGGAAUGUAUGUCCAUAUAAAUAUCUGCAGCUUGACAAAAGCAGAGCAGAUUCACUGUCAUUUAUUCCUGGUUUUUUCUCAUUCCCAGACAAAUUAAUCCUUUUUGUUCCAGAGUCUAGACCUGUGAUAGGAGCUGCAGAGGGUAAAGGGUUAAAGUAGUGGGCAUCCCCUCCUGGUUGCCUUUUUCAACUGGUGGUGGGAUACUGUACGGACCACACACACUGUGACUGAUGGCAUACGUGGCUGUGUGUAUACUGAUGGAAGCAUGCUGGACAGAGACUUGAAAGACGUACAGUGGUAGUCUGUUAUUUAAAUCUGAUGACAAUGUGUGACUGGCUCUCUUGAGACUAUCAACAAGUGGACGAAAUGGUCAAGUCUGCAGUGCCAUCACAUGAAAAUCACACUGAAGUAUUUGGUUCUAUACAUUUGCAGAUUGGAGGUGUAGUUGUACAAACAUUUUUCUGAGGAAGAAAUUGUCUUAUUUGUUAAGUGAAAGCCCAAGUCAAAGCAAUUUAACCUGACUUAAUCAAGACUACAGCCCAUCUGAUAAUGGAUUUCUGGGGACCAUAUCAAUAUCUGUGAAUUUCGAAAAACAAAAAAAAAAUCUCCCUGUAGGGGUCUAAUAGCCAAUCCAACCCAAUACAAAACAACAAAAUCAGACUGACAGAUGUACCGAGUGUAUGGUUGGACCAUUCAUUGUCAGUGUGAAAAAUUGAGGAUGGAAACUUGUUGUGGAAUUGCUAUUAACAAUUACAGUUGAUGGAAAGUAGCUAAAGCCUGCAUGAAAAGUCACUGAUGUCGCUAGAUAUCCAUGACGUAACCAUACCGUAUUUGUCUUCUGCCCAGUGUCAGCUGGUUCCAGCCCUUUACUUGUUUGUUUCUCUCCUACUCUCUGCGCUCACAUAUUAAGUAUUUUAACACAGCGGAAUUGCCAAUAAAGCUGUUCUCAUGUACAUGUUUUUCUGUUGCUGUUGUCAGACAACAGAACAAGUACAAACUAGUGACUGAAACACAGCCCACUAAGACUACAUGUUAACCAGGCUGUUGGUCUGCACUGCUAAAAUUUUAUAACUGUGACAUCUGACCAGUGACUCUAUUCUACAGAAGGUAGCUAAGGUUUGUCCAGAGAGUCACUAGAUUUACCGCUAGGUGCUUUUUGAAAGAAGUCACUAAAGUGAAAAGUUGAUAAAUCUAGCGACAGAGGUGCUAAGUCAUUAGCUCUGCCAACUUUAAGCAUCCUCGGUAAAUAGUUUGUUUUGUUGCCCCCAAGUGGCAAAAAAAAAAUCAAUGAAUGCAGUUUCAAAUCUGAGCAAAGCACGAAUAGAAACUACAGAUCUGAUCAGACAUUUGAUCCCUGCUUUUGGUACUUCACAGUAUCUUUAUAAUCAUUGGUACAAACACAUUUCUGUGGGUAACAGAAAGUAAUCAGGUAUGCUAUCCAACCCUAACCCCUACAGUGGAUGUAGCAACUGUUUAGUACAAGCAAAAAGUUAGGUCUGGCCUCAAGAUGAAUGUUUGUACAACUUUUACCCCCAGUCUGCAUUCAGUUGAUAUCCAAACCUAGACUGUUCUGAUAAUCCACAUAACUGCUAUUCCAUUAAAUACAUUCCAUGAGAUUUUAGAAUUCAAGACAUAAAUAGAUGAUGAUUCAUUCCUAAAAUAUCUCUCAGCCUUUUGAUUUGAUCGCUAAGAGACUAGCUACAGUACUAAGAGAUGUUUGGUUGCAUAUACAGUAGCAACUUCAUCUGUUUGAUGCACAGAUAAAGGGAUCACACCUGCCUGCCUUCCUCUCACUGUCUGUUAAUACAAAGUGUUGUAGGCAUCCUGAUGCUGCCACCAAGCAACAAAAUCUUCUGAGGAUCUCAUGUACUCUGUGCAAAACACCAUCCUGUAGGCUGUUAAAUGAGCAUCACCAUGCCCAAGUGUAAAUGAUUCACCACUUCCAUUUGCAAGAGUGAAACAUAAUCCACGUUUAUUUUGAUAUCUGGUGUGCUUGUGGAAUCCCUGCAUUGAUGUUGCAUUCAUAUUUUGCAUUUACGUGGCUUUUAAAGAGGCUCAAUGCAGUGUUGUGGUUUUUAAAGACAUUUCAGCACCUUACCAAGAGCUAUAGCUUUCCCAAUGUCCCAUAUAUACUCGGCAUUGGUAAACUAGAUGUGUGCAAUAAUAGGAAAAAAAGGUGUUGUCCUUCCGGAUGUUGUCCAUUCUUUGACUCAAGUGUCUCAUCUUGCAUUCCUUUGGUUUUGAGAAUGGGGGCUGGAUCAGCAAGUAGUUCUUUGCUAAAGCCAUCAACCAAUACAAAACCAGCACUGAGAGUGACCAGAGCACAUCACUGGCAGGUCAGAGUGUUCAUAACCUCACUACAUGAUACUCCUUGUGUAAUCUGCGUUGUCAAAGUUCAUGCACAAUGGCAAUAAAAAAACUAUUGGUUGUUUUGUCCA